AUCUACAAAAAUCACAAACUAGUGGCUGUCAAAUUAACUAGUAAAUUAUAUGAUUUCCACCAAAAUUUGUAGAUGGCAAUGGCUGCAAGAUUGAGUCAAGUGAUUUCUUGCAAUUUAAAAUCAAGACAAGAAGCUAAGAUUCCAUGUAAGAGAGGGAGAAGAGAAGUUCUUAUGCUUUCAUAUACUCUUCUUCUCGCUGACUCCAAAACCGACCUUCUUGAUAAAUAUCUGAAGAAAUCCCAAGAAAACAAAGUCAAGAAUGACAAAGAGAGAAUGGAUAGUUAUUACAAGCGAAACUACAAAGAUUAUUUUGGGUUGUUAGAGGGUGAUUUGAAGCUGAAGAAGAAGGAAGAACUGUCUGAGGCUGAGAAGGGCAUUCUUGAGUGGCUCGAGCGCAAUAAAUGAAAUUUGCCCGAUGAAUUGAGUUGCAAUUUUUCUUAAUAGUUCGUGAUUUUAUUUUGUGUAUUUUCUUGAAAUAUUUGUUACGCAUUUGCAAUGUAUGGUUAUGAUCUAUAGACAGGGACGGAUUUAGAAAUUUAAUAAUGAUCGGACGAGAUUUUACUGAA